GAGAGAUGCUGCACCUGUGCACGAUCACCUGAGAAGAAGAAUUAAAAACAGAGAAGGUGAAGAGUUUGUAAGCAUGGCGGUGAGACACUUUCACAUCUGAGAGAAAAUCCUUCAAACUCGUCAUCAAAAAGGUCUGUCCUCCAGUCUCCGUUGGUGCCAUGGCCGAACCAAGCUGGUGGAAGCUGACCUUCUCCCGCAAGAAGAAAUCUGAAUCCAAAGUCCUGUACGAGAUCCCGGCUGAGUAUGGCAGCAACACGGGAAACAAAGACCACUCGACCAGCAGCCCCCCUGCGGACCACAGCAUGGACAGCCAGUUCAGUGCCAGGCUGGAGAAGAUCGUGGACAAAUCUGCCACCAAGGGCCGCCACGUCAAGGUGUCCCACUCCGGACGCUUCAAAGAGAAGAAGAAGGUUCGCGCCUCGCUGUCCGAGAACCCGAAUCUGUUCUCAGAGCACAACCUCAGUGACGAGAACCAUAAAAAGAAACCUGACAAAUAGCACCAAACAUACUCGAUCACACGUGUCAUAAUUGUAAAAGCUUAAAUGAAAAUAAACACAACCAUGUGGCUCUGCAUGUGCAGCAGACGACCACACCCACCCUGAUACUGGAAUCAAUGGACUCCCAGUUAAACACACAAACUGGUAUCAGCAAACCAUUAAACAAACUGGAGACAU